AACAAGCGCAUCGCUGACAACCAGAAAUACCACAAGCGGACGCAGUUGUGUUUUCUUUCGCUCGUGCUUGUUUGAAGAGAUUUCCAUAGAACAGACAUUUUCCUCCAGCCCAAAACGGUGUCCAGCGAGGAGAAAAACGAUACAGCCUACAAUGCGGAAAACGGAAAAGCGAUUAAACGUGCGGUAGAGCGAAAAAUACUAACAAAUGCUAGCACGGUGUGUAGAAAAACAUUAGGAAUCCGGUUUUUAUUGUGUUCUCUCUCCGUGCGUGUGUAACUGUGUGCGUCGUACAGUGCAUUCUAAAGUGCACCAGCGUUUCGUGCGUGUGUGUGUGCCCGAACGUCCUUUUUUUGCGUUUGCGUUUUUGUUUGUGUUUCUUUUGUGCGAAAGGAAAAAUGCAACCAAGAGCAACGUUUGCCUUGACCAGCAUGGGUAGCUUCCCCGGCCGUGUAUGCGUGUGAGUGAUGGUGGUGUGCUUCGGAAUCCCUUUUCCACCUACGCUGCACGGAACGACGCAGUCAACAAUACCACACCACACGGGCAGGUCGAAAUUGUUUUCAAAGGUCGCAACAACCGGUGGGUGGGUGGAAAGCGAAUAAGGGCGGAAGGAAGGAAACAACAGAUAGGGCACGCUGCGGGCUUCUUCCUGGAUCCGGAAGCAGUCGUAAGCCGAGAAGGGCUAUUCUCGAGCACCGCAUAUACGAUCCGGUCGCAGGAGGCAGUGAGCCAUUGGUGGUAGUGGUGUGCGGUACAGCAAGAAUCACUAGCACUACAGCAUAAAAAGCAUAAAAACACACACACACACACCCCUUGCGUUCUUCCACCAUCUAGCCUGGCCCCGAGCGUGCAGUGGUCAGGUCCGUGUUUUGGUACGUCCUAUUGUGCUUUUGUUCUGAGCCUGUCACUCCGAGUGUGUUUGUGCCUAUGUGAAUUUGUGAAGAGAAGAAAAGGUUCUUGUGAAAAAGCAAAAAAGCGAGAGAAAGAAAAUCCCAAUCCAAGUGACGACGAGGAUUCAACCAUCGAAAAGUGUGUGUGUGUGUGAUUGCGUUUCGUAUUGUAUCCUAGUGUGCGGUGAAAUUAAUUAUGCACACCGAAGAAAAUUUGUUGAGUUGCUUGCGACGGUUGUUGUUGUAGUAGUGGUAGUGGGCAGCUCCAUCACCACAGCAUGUGUGUGCAAACUGUCAGCCCUUUCGGAACGAUUCAAUUGCAGACCAGCCGGACCAUCAUCCAUUAGCGUGCGGCGAGACAUCAGCGAAAGAUAUGCAACUAAAGAGAGGACCAGCCGUCGUUGAGCAAAAAUGCAAACUGCUGUGAAUGGGCAACCGCUGACAUUACAUUAUCAGGAUUGAAAAAAACGGGCGUCUUAUCUUAAAAGAACCCCGAAAGCAAGCAAGGAAACCCCCCCACAUGUGGACGAUAGAGGGAAAUUAUUAACGUAGAAUAGCCAAAUGUGUGUGUAGACAUUCCUCUUUUAUGCGUCUAUGCGCCCGCCCGUAUAAAUUGCGCCUAGAUAAGUUUACUGUGAGAUACAAUCGUGGAAUUUUAUCUGUGAUAUUGUGAAAUGUUCAAAAGUGCGUUUAGAGGAGGUGCGUUGCUAAACACGACGGUGCAGUGUUGUCCAGUCUGUGCCGGUAUCGUAGCUGUUCGAAUGUGACACGCGCACGCUUAGAAGGUUUCCGAAUUUUAAUGUGUACUGUUUGCCCGCGUAUCUGCCUUCCGGUGCUGCACGUAGCUGCGCUCAACUGUCGCCACAGCAGCAGGAUAAGCAUUUUAGAACUGGUUUUAGAUUGGUAAGGUGAAUGCAGUUCGGGUUGGCGCCGAUAUAUCCUCCAGGAGGAUAUGCGCUAGAAGAACAUCUAGUUCGGGAAGAAGGUGCCAGCAAAGGAUGGGUUGUUUGUGAAGCGGGGCCCCGGUUACUUCCUGUCUCUGCACCGUCACUCGCAUUGCGUCCAUAAAGUGUAAAACGUCCUAUUUGUUAAGCGGUAGAAGGUGGGUUGGGCAUAUUAGCAGAUCUGUCGCUCGCAGCGGUUACCGUGUGCCGGUGGUGACUUACGACCCUAAGCCCUAAGCAAAUCGCUAUGUCCGAUGAAGUGUCGUACCAGGUGUUUAACUAUGUGGCGGACUGCUUCAUCAACGUUCCGGUUGCCGGACGCGCGGAGGAGGAUACGUGCGAGUACGUCUGCCGCUGGAUCUGCCAGCAGCUAAAGAUUAAACCGGUAGUCUUUGCGCUGGUCGGGCUGCGCGUGCACGGGGAAAAAUGGUUUCUGGCAGGAUGCAGUCGUCCGUCGACGGACAAGAAGUACGACUUUCGGCUGCGUUUCAAGGUACCCGAAUUCUCCUGCCUGAAAGCACUCGACCAGGAGCUGUUCAACUACUACUACAGCCAGCUCCGGUACGAUCUGCUGCACAACCGCAUCCCGGAGAUCGACUACCGGAAGUACGAGAACAAAAUACUCGGCUAUGUCGUGAACGAUAUGUACCGGAAGAUGAUCGAGGACAAGGUCGGUGUGAACGAACUGAAGCGCGACUGCGAGAAGUACAUCCCGCGCAAGAUCAGCCGCGACCUUACGGUGUGCUUUGUCAAUGUGGCACAGAAGCGAGUAUUCAAAUUACUCAACUCGAUCCAGAACCGCGAUCACGAUGUCAACUACGUGAAGAACGUGUACAUCAACGAUAUCGACAACAUCGCGCCCGGCUAUCUGUAUGAGGAGUAUGCCGCCGAAAUACAGUACCCGCGCGGUGAGUUCAGCUCACGGACCGGCAAAUGCCCGGUCAAGCUACGGUUUCAACCCUACGGCACGGCGGCAACAGUGCGCGACACAACCAAGUACGGUUCGACCGGUGGCGGGCUGGAGCGUACGUUGGAGCAUGAGGAAGCGACGACAACACCCGGCCUGAAGGUGUUCUACGCCAGCAAGUGGCAGCAUGUGACGAACAUCGAUGAAAUACUCACCAUACUGGUGGAAAAGCUGACGGUGAAACUCGCCCUGGAAGACCAGUCCGAACCGUACUGUAUAGACUUUCAUGAUCAGACUGAAUUGAACUCGUUCGUAACCUGUCUAGCCGGUUACUAUAGGUUAAUGUGCAAAUGGACCGUGUAUCUUUGUCAGGACUACCUUUCAUCGCCGAGCCUCGACCUGCUGAAGGAACUCAAGUGCCACGGACCUAUCGGCGGCAAAUAUUCCACCGACAAAAUUCGGGAAAAGAACAGUAGCUGCGGCGCAUGCAUUAUACGGCAGUGCGAGGAGCAGUACGAUACGUACUAUGUCGAUAUGCUAGAAACCGAUGGACUGAUAAAAACGUACAAGCUUAUCCACGCCGCCGAUCAGUGGCACGUGCAGAGCGAGACGGAGGAACAGGUGUACCGGUACAACCAGCUGACGGAAGCGCUGAAGAGCCUCAACCCCGAGAUAACGAGCGUCUAUCGGUUGCCGCCGUCAGACAACGACACCGCACCGAAUCUGUUACUCUGCCGGCCAACGCUGAAGUCCUCCCCGAAACGUUUGCUGCGUGGUGGUACGCAAGAGCUGGGACAAAAGCGGGCCUGCAUUAUCAAUGCCGCCAAGGAGCUGGUUAUCAAUCGAAAUCCGGUGGAAGACGAAACCGAUGGGUUUACGAAGCGUACGCGGGCAGACUUUUUGCUGCCGAACAAUAGCAAGAUGGAGGUGACGCUCAAGCUACUCAAGAACGAAAAGGAAGGAGAUUAUCUUAAGGACUUUUUGCAGGUGGCCGGCCAGUGGGCAACGAUCGAUUCGAUCGAUAUCAUUAAGCUUUACGGUAUGACCGUGUGUAAGCCAAUCACGAUGGUGCUAGAAUUUCCGCGUUACGGUCGAUUGGACGAGUUUCUGCGAACGCGGCGCAGGUCGGUGCGCCCGACGGCACUCAUCGAGAUAGGCCAUUCGCUUGCCCGUGCGCUUUACUAUCUGCAGAAGCAUGGCAUCAUUCAUGGGCACAUACGGUGCUCGUCCAUGCUGGUGACGCAGUACGACGAUGGGGAACAGCGCGUCCUUGCCAAGCUGGGUGAUCCGGGCAUGCACGGACAGCGACGGUUGACCAAGCACGAUCUGCUGUGGAUACCGUACGAGUAUCAGGAUCUAAGCGAGCAGAGCGUCGCCAGCUUGCGGCAAGAUCCGGCCACGGAUGUGUGGGCCUGUACCUCCACGCUGUGGGAAAUAUUUAGCCGCGGCAUUAAGAUGCACGUGUACAAGCCGGCCGAAUUUUUGCCGUCCCGGAAAUGGCUGCAGACGAUGCCACCGGAGCUGAAGGAUUCGAAGCAGAUCUACGAGUGUUUGAGCUGCGGGUGGCAUCCGGAUCCGGACAAGCGCAUCGCACCGCAAACGAUCGUGGGAUUGUUGGUUCAUGCACGUCAAUUAGAUGGAAGCUAUUGCACGGUCGGAAAUGGGCAUGUAAACGGUCACUCGACCAGCAACAUGUCUAAUGGGUCGGUCUUCAAAAAUAGUAUGAUGUCGAUGGAAACGAAUUCCACGCUGGUUCGAUCGCGCACCGACUGCACCUCAUCGUCGUACGUCAGCAACGGUAGUGAUAGUGAGCUGCGCAGCAACGCGUCAAGCGGAAGCAGCUCCCUGCCGCUACUGUCCAACCCGAUCAACCGGUUUAGCGGUGAUUCGUACUACGAGAAAACGUUCGUCAACUGUUCCGACUACAUCGAGCUGAACAGCAGCGAGCGGAUCUUCUUCCACAACAUGCUCGGCGAAGGAAACUAUGGCCGUGUGUAUCGGGGUACGCUCGAGCGGGACAACCAUCCGGCGAGGGAGGUGGCACUGAAAACGAUCUACGACGAUCGGCCCGAUCUGGGCCGGGUAAAGGAUGAUUUCCGGCGCGAGGUGGACAUUAUGAAGAGCUUGCGGCACAACAACAUUGUGGAGUUUAUCCGGUUCAUUGAGGAGCACGAUAAGCUGGUGGUGGUGAUGGAGUAUGUGCCGAUGGGAUCGCUACUGUCCUACCUCGGCUACAAGCGAUACGAUCUGAAGGAACCGGAUCUGCUCUGGAUGGCACGGGAUAUUGCGAAUGGCAUGCACUAUCUGUUCGAGAAGAAGAUCGUCCACCGUGAUCUGGCGGCACGCAACAUCCUCGUCGAAAGCAAAAAGUGCGUAAAGAUAUCCGAUUUCGGACUGGCACAGGUUACCGAGGGUGGUAACUAUUAUGUGGCGCGCCACAGUCGCGAACUGCCGAUCCGCUGGUACGCACCGGAAACGCUCGAAACGCAGAAAUAUUCCUUCCAGUCGGACGUCUGGUCGUUCGGUGUGACGCUGUACGAAAUGUUUACCUAUGGCAACACGCCGUACGCCCUGGUGGACGUUAAGAGUGCGGCCCAGUUGUAUCAACUGCUGCAGCGAGAUACAAAAAUAUUACCGCUUCCAGAACCGUUUUCCUACGUGUACGACAAGCUAAUGGCGCCCUGCUUCAAGCGAAAUCCGCACGAGCGGAUGACCUUUAGCGAGCUGCUGGAGGAGCUAAACGACAUGAUAAAUCAGUACGGUGAGCCGAUUUAUUAAAACGAGUACCGGUGUGCGCGUGCAAUAUAGCGGAUGGUGGCGAACUUCAACGCCCCGACUCAUAUGUUAGAAUCUGUGAAGUAGUAGCGCUUAAGGUGAGAUCUUGUUGGCCGUACCGUAUCGGGUAUCGAUGAACCGCUGUUUGGAUCAAACGUGGAAUAUUAUUAAAAUAAUUGGAAGGGCUUUGGGAGUUCUGGUGGUAGAUCUGUAUUUUAAACUCACACAGCCGAGCCAUACGGUGGCCGCACACAUGUCACCGUGCAUGGUGGUUUUUGUUUUGUACUUAGGCUAUUUCAUUCCCCGGCUAAGCGCCAGGUUAUCUCGACCCUCUGCAGCCGCAUUCAGGCCAGCAGCGUUCGGCAUCUCCACCGACUGCUCGCUUUCACCUGUCUUGAGGGUGGCCAGAUGAUCACACGCCCCAGGCCAAACAAAGCAAAAAAAGGGGUGUGUAAACAAAAGAAAAAAAACUUAAAAACACACUCACACACACACACAAAAACCUGCUGCAAUGUACAAGAAUGUAUCGUGUGAACGAAUCUUCAUGGUUGUCCUUUUUACAAGCAAAAAAUACUCGUCGUCCCGUGUUCUAGCGGGUGGUGUAUAGAAAAAUAUUAGUCUAUUGAUGUUUGGUUUUGGCGCUUUUCACGCAUACAAGUGUACAGGAUUACGAAAACAAAAACACACACACACACACACACACCCACAUACACACCUAACUGAAAGUAAUGUUGUCACUGUACUCGUAAAGACACACACUGUGUAGUUUGUAUUUGCCAAUGUGCGCCUAAUAAUGUGGUAACGGAAACUAAUAUAUUAAAAAUGGUUCUGAAGCGAUACAAAAUGCACAAAGAAGACGAAGCGGAGGAGGAAAAGAAAUUAAGAAUAAUUGCUAAAAACACCCCCCCUCCCUCCUCCAAAGAGAAAAAAAAACCGAACGAAACAAAAAAAGAAGGAAAAAGGGAGAGGAUUGAUGAAAUGUAUGUGCCGUGAUUAUGUAUACAUAGAUGUGGCUUAUUAGUGAAAUUCGAACACAAACGAAGCGCGAAACGAAGCGCGAACAAAUGAUCCUAUAAUUAAACUCGAAUAAGUUUAGCGAACAGGUGUUUUAGUCUAAGAGCAGGAACCACCAGCUUGCAAGCGCUCUCGAGUGAAACUUUCUAAACGAAGGGAAACAAGGUAAUCGAUAGCUAAUUAGUACAUUUUCCAGACGCGAACAAAUAUUUACCCCGUAGCAACAAACGCAGAAAGAUGUAAACGACGACCACACAUUGAACGUGUGGUGGUUUUGUGACCCUUUUUUUUCGGUGACAAAACAGUAGUUGUUUUGCACACUUUCCUUUUCUAUUGCAUCUAUUCUGCACUGUUUUGACUUGUGGAGAAUUUUAUCCGGAACUCUCUCUCGCUCUAUAGUAGGCCGCGCUCGGGGUGUGGUGAAGCAUUAGCCGCUUUAUGAUGCCUCCCCCGUGCGGCUGAGAUGGGAAAAAAAGGAUUUUAAAUCGAGUUCGAGAUUGUUAUUCAGUACAAAACGAUGACGAUGACCAACAUACUGACGCGGCGGCGGCUGGAGCUGGGCGACCACAUACUGGCGAACCAAAAACAUUGAAAACGCUUCCAAUAUAGUUCAAAGUUUUUUGCCAACCGUGUGUGGUGUGUGUGUGAGUGUGCACCACCGGGAAAUGUACGGUAUAACCGCCAGGAUCACAUUCGUUAGCACACACACACACACACACAAACGAACGACCAUUGACGAACGCGAGCACCCUGAUAUGUUAUUGGAAUGUGGUCCGCCACAGGGCACAAAGUGAAACACAUCCGCCGGUUUAAAGAAAAACAAAAUGAUUCUGACCACCAUCCUUGCCCAAGGGGGGGGGGGGGGGGGGAAACCGUAGUUAAAUGCAUAAUAACCAUUGCAACAAGUCAAUGAAGAAGUUUAGAGAAGAGCAACAAAAACGAAUACGAAAACAAGCAACCAAGAACAAAUAUUAAUGUAAUGAAUUAAACAUAGAUCAAUUUCUCAAAGUGCCACUUAAAUUUGAAACCCGAAGACAAAGAGUACUAACGAACAAAAAGCAAAAGAGCAGAAGAAGAAAAGAAAAAACGAUAGAAAAGCAAAAACCAACAACCUGUAGUAUAGUUGUGAUUGUGUGUGUGUGUGUUGAAAAACAAUAUUCAACAAACCAACAGCAAAAGAACGCAACGGCACAUGACACACUAGCUGGGGAUACAAAAAAACACACAAACGAGGAGAGAAACAAAAAGACAUGCUUGCUAAUAACCCCCCAAAAGAGUAGAGCAAAAUGGGGGAAGAAGAAGGAACAAAAUCUAGAAGAUGAAACACAUAACGAGAGUAGUCGCUUAACAAUGAUAAUAUUAAAAUUUCUUCAACACAUUUCUGCGCACGGUGGUUUCAAAACAUACAAAGACAAGAACAAGAUAUAGAAGAGAUGUGACAAAAAAAGAGCAGCGUAGAAAAGUUUUACUAAACAAAAAACAAAAGGAAAAGAAGGAAAGCGUAUAUACAUGCACACUUACACCUAAAAUGAGCGAACAAAAACCCAGAAUGAGAUAGAUAAAGAUAUUAAUUCGCACUAGCAAACGUGAAAACAAAACGAAGCUAAAUUAACGAAAAUUCGGCAAAAAGCACACACAACACACACACACACACACACACGGAUUAAAAUUGACCAAUGGUAGUAUAGUUUGCUGCUUUAGGAAAGGAAAUGGAUGUGUCCAGGCGUUACGAGAAAAAGUUUGUUAAGUCUAGAAAAGAAAAAAGCGUCGCUUGGCUAGGCGUGGCCAUCUGUAGUGUAAUUAGCUAACGACGCACGACGACUUUAUCGCAAAGAACCCCCCCCUCCCCCCCCCCCCCACCACACAUGUUGUAGGAUGAAAUCUUGACUGAAGCGCAGAAAGGAUUUAAAGAAAUUAAUUCCAAGCUGUAUGUAUGUGUUUGUGUGUGUGUGUUAAUAGUCCAUGCCAAUUAGUAAAAAGCGGACAGUCGUCCUUCAAGGUGCGUGACCGAAGGUGAAGAAGAAGAAUGUUGCUUACCUGGUAGAAAAAGAAAAACAGUAUGAGUGAGCUUCGUCAAACAAAAGGUUUCUCCCCGCCACCCAAAAAUUGCACCUACACACAGAUGAUGGAUUAAUGUAAUUGUAAUUGUGUGGUGGGUACCACCAAACGGGAUUUGUUGAUGGAUGAUGAUGAUGGUGGAAGGAAGGAAGGAAGGAAGGAAGGUGGAGGAAGCGAUGGAGAGUGGCCGUGUUGUGUAUAUUGUUCGAUAAUUUUAAGUUUUCCAGCUCGUUUUCCUUCCAAACUCAUCCACCGCAUCCGCAUCGUCAUCAUCAUCAUCAUACAGUGUGUUUCGAAACGAUAGCUGCACGGAGCGGCUUGGCCCAUCUGGAGAUAGGAUGUAAGGAUUGAGAUUUUGUUUUUUUUUCAAUUAAUUACAACAAAAUUUGUGAGUAUUCCAUCAUUAAUCGAGAUUCUUGUCGAAGCUAAGACAAAAUUAGAAUUUGUUAAAGUAAUAAUCAAAGUGAUGUAGCCUCAACUAGGGUUUUCCGGUUCAACUAAUUUAAGUCAUCAGUGGGUAUAGUAGCAAAUAGUAGUAUUCACUCUGCCAAAAUUUGGACCAGGGAGAUCCUAGAGCUCUUUCCAUGUCACGUAUUUAUAUGCGACAGUCAGUAGCUAUCCGCAAACAAUUUAUACAGAUUUAUGAUUUGGUGAAUCGGUUUUCUCAGGUCAUUUUACUGAUUUCCUUCCAGUAAGGCACGAUUUUUUAUUAAUUUUUGAAGACGUGAAGUGAAAUUUUAAUGAACAAUUUUGCGCUCUCGUUGGUUGUGAAUAAGCCCAACUCCGUCUUCUUUAAUUCAUCGUCAAUAUUUUUUUUGAUAAGAAACAGCUUAAAUAGGAGUUUUUUUUUUCUAUCUUUGCGACGUAUUAUUACGUGAGGGACAUUUUGGUGGACGAUCAGUAGCCGACUACAUGCUUGACUCUUUCAGAAAAUUGUUGAAGAACUUUGGUUCGAACGAUGGCUAAUUAGACAUUUUUAAUGCUCAAACUGAAAUUAAAAUUAAAGACACAAUUUAAUUUGAGUCAAAUGCCUUUCAGUUCCCUGUGCUGAACACUUCUUAACAGAGCUAUGGCUUUUGGUGAUAAAAAUUAUGAAACUUGUCACAAUUUAACUUUAAUUUGAGACGAUUUAUUUUUCCCCUAACAAUAUUACAAUUUUUUGAAAUUCAUUUUACGAAAAUACUCAACGUUCAAGAAGUUCUUAAAUGUCCGACUUUUUUAAGGACCAUUCGAUAUUAAAUGAAAUUAGAUGCAAGUGCGUGUAAUGCAGCUAUCAUUUUGCAACACACUGUAGAAAAGCGUGUGCCAGGGGUGUAUUAGCGCGCGCGGUCGCUUUAUUAGUCAUAUUAGAUCAUUAAGGCCCAGAUGUAAAGUGGAAGCAGGAGCGAGGGAAUGUGAUUGCCGUAGUAUAUAGUUUAUAUUGAUCCCGAUUAUCGGUCCGAAGCGAGAGAGAGAGAGAGUGCGAUAGCCAGAUAGGAAGAAAGAGAGAUGAAUUCAUAUAAUUAUUUUUCUAUACAAUGUAAGGGUUAGUUUAGACAACAACAACAAAAAAAAAACAUUCGUUUUUGCUCCGGUUUCAUCCCCUUGUUGCUUUUGAGGGCGCUACUACAAUACAUACACACAACACACAGAUACACAGAUGCACAGAUAUGCGGAUCUGUGGAUCACACUGGUUCGUUGAUGAUCCCUAGGAAAAUCGUUCUGUUUAUAUUUAUAUCGCUGUUGCGCAUGUUAUGAUGGAACGCGGACGGAUAGCAGUACUGAGCAGUGCGCCGCCGUGUUUCAGGUUUUGGGAGAAUGCCUGAGGCCAAUUUACUACUACCACCACUACUACUGAGCCACCUUUACUUACUUCGUUUGUGCGAGCGCUGCUGCAAUGGUUGUGUUAAAAUAUAUAUUAUAUAUAUAUAUGUAUGUAUAUGCGCCUUACGAGUUGCGCCAUCCAGGCUUAUUAUACUUAGAUAGAUACGAGAGAAGAAAAACAGAUGAAAACAACAAUGUUGAAUCCCGGCGGUUGGGGCGGAGUUGGCGAACGGCUGUUGGGCUUUAGUUUUCAACCAGCCAACCAGCCAGCCAGCCAGCCACCACAUCUUAUGAGCUUUUCGCCAGAAGGGAAAACCAUUUUGCUCCGAUUUCCCCACCCCCACCUGCCCGUUUUUAAGUACCUAAGUACCUUGGAGAAGAAAGCAGCGUAUGGGUGUUGCGUUAAGGAUGUGAAAAUGGAAUGUAAACCCUCUUUAACGCACGCCGCGCUCUGUGUCUGCCUUUUUGAUAAGCGUUAGGUUGCAUUUUUAGAUAGUGGAAGCUUUAAAUUUUUUACACAAACUUAUUUGCUUAAGAUUGCGGCUUUUCGGUUUUGCUCUCGGUUAGCGAUCGUUAGACUUUUACUAUUCCGAACGUGCUGUACAAAAACUGCGUGACAAGAGAAGGGAUUUGCUAAAGGAAUUAAGGGAAAAAAACAGGUUUCCUCGCGCAUCCUAUUUCUCUCCCAUUGGUUUCGAUGCUGUGUCCAAUAUUGCCUAAAUCCUGAUCCAAAUCGGGGGAGAUGGUGUACAAACUUCAGAAGCAGUGGUCCUGCUUUUAGUCUAAAAUCAACAUUUGAACCACAAGAAAAGGGGAACUUAGAGGACUCGUUAAGGACACAUACACAUACACACUUAUACUGAGACCAACACACACACACACACACACACACACUUGGCGCGUAUAUAAAUGUUUGUUUUAAGCUGUUGUCCUGAUUAUUGUCCUGGAUACAAUAUCCCGGAACGAACGGAAAUGUGAUUUUGUGUAAAGAGAUCGAGAUUUAACUAUUAAGAUGUGUACUACUACUCUAUUGGGAGGGUUUGAGUGAUGUGAAAAACUUGUGAAAAACAUUGUUGUUUUAUUAUGCGCGUGAAAGCAAGUCGCGCGCGCGCGCUCUAUAGGUGGAUGAUGAUCAACACUAUACGGAUAAACGAAUUAGAGAUCAAUUGUCCCACUUUUUUAAUGUAACUGUCUCUUUGUCGUGAAAGCAAACUGAACACAAUUGAAAAUCCUCCCCGAUCCCUAUUCCUCAUCUUCCUUCCCCCUCCCCCUCAACGUCACUCACGUAUGGCAAACAGGGGCAAGCAGGUUAUCUUCCUUGUAAGAGAUUGAGUAAAAUGAAAACGACAAAAAAAAAACACAAAACUAGAUGUUUAUCGGUGUUCACAAGUGAAAAAAAAAAACAAAACAAGAGUUAAGAGAGGCAGGUGAAGAUAAUGGCAAAAUAAAUUGUGCAAUUCAAAAUGUAAA